AGAGUAGACCAUUAAAAAGGAAAUGGGAUAAAUAUUUUAAAAGGUUCUGAGAGGAAUGGGGUUACAUGAGGGUCAGCAUUGGGAUAGGCACCAGGGACAAAUGUCUCCUCCUGCAUUGUAAUAAUUUAUUUCAACUCUUUCUUGGACUCGAACCCAAGUUCUGUCGAAGGGUCAUGAGGACUCGGAACGUCAACUCUUUUCUUCUUCGCCGAUGCUGCCAGACCUGCUGAGAUUUUCCAGAACAAAAGCGCAAGAAAUUAGAAGACUAUAUCCAGAGAAAGAAGUCUGCCAACAAUGUGGCAAUCCAGGCCAGGAGCCGUUUGGAGAGCAGGGUGUACCUGAGAGACAAAACUAACUUUGAGAAACUCCGGUCUUCUAAAUGGCAGGCAGAAGCGACAGUCUCUGGAGGGAGAAGAAUUGACUCAAAAAAAGCUAUUUACAAUAAGCCUGUGCUAAAUAGAACCAUAUCCCAAUCCUCUACUCAAUCUGAACCUACUUUAUUGAAGGAAAGGGCAAACCCAUCUAUCGAGAAUACUAAUUCAGCUGCUAAUGAAACAGAAAUGCCUGUUGAGCAAAUUGCUCAACCUGAGAAACUGCUAUCAUCUGCCCAAGAGGACAAUUUGAAAGUAGAACAAAAAUUGAAAGGAAAUAACAGUGUAGCUAUUAACAAAACCAAAGUACCUGCUCAACAAAAUGCUGAGUCAGAUAAGCUGACAUUUGGCCAAAAGAACCAUUCGAACGUAGAACAAAAAGCAAAAUUGAAGAGUCAACCAAAAUUGCAAAAGGUCACCCUCAGCCAGUCCUUUCUUGCAGUCAAAAAUGAGCAAGUUAAAUUAAUGAUUACUGAAAAGAACAAUAGACCAAAGCUGCCUAAUUCUACUUUUAAGAAGCCUGUACCAGGCUCGUUUCGUGGUAAGAUUGUCGAAUCCAAAAUCCAGUCCUUUCGAUCAGGUUCUCAGCAAAAGGAGAGGAAGCAGGAGAAAUCUGAUUUAGUGACGCAGGCCUCUGUUGCAGAGAUGCCCAAUAAAGAAUCUAGAGGCAUGUUGCACAAGCCUAGACCAAAGGGAGUGGAAAAUAUGCAUCCUGUUAGGAGGACAUUAAGUGUCAUACCCCAUAGUAAACAAAAGAGCUUACCUGCAGCUACUGGCCUCUGUACUGAAAGCAGCCAGAGACCACUUGUAACUGAUGUGCUAAAUAUAAAAAUAGAUUUUAAACAAGGAGGCCAUGGUGACUCUGCAAUUGUAGCAACGCAAACAAUCAGUGCAAAGAAAACUACUCUACCACUCCAAAGUUCCUUCAAAGGUGUACCUACAAGGCACCCAGCAUGGAAACUUUCCAAAGUUGGUGGCAGUCAUAAACCUAUGAAACAGAAAUGGUCAAUGGAAGAAAAGAGUGGAACACAGCUAACACAAUCAACAGCAUCAAAGGGAAAGUUAGUAAAAAGACCAACAACCACACCUUUGCAGAGAAAGAAAUUUGUGGAAGAACCAGUGAAAUCACUUUGGACGACAAUUGUUGAGGAGGAAAACCAGAGUGAACUUGUGAGCGAAAUCAACCAGACUCUUUCUGAGUGUCUGAAACGGAUUAAUGAGGGUUGCCCAAGUGAAGAUUGUUUGCAAACUCUUCAAACUUUCAUCGCGAGUGUUCCAAAGGCUAAGAAGUUUGCAAGGUACUGGAUCUGUCUCGCACAACUUGAACAGCGCAAAGGAUCUGUCCAUGACGUCAUGACUAUUUAUGAACAAGCUAUUAAGAUAGGGGCACAGCCUGCAGAAGAAUUGCGUAAUACACUUGCAGAUAUUUUGAAAAACACCAAGACUCCCAAGAAGCCAUAUGAUGGAAUGAACAAAACUGAAGAUGAUGGUGCACAGAAAGAUCCAAAACUGGAAAUGUAUUGCAUGACUGAACAGGAAGUUCUUCAAGAAAAAGGAGUGGACCUUGAAGAUAAUGGACCGACGGCUUCUAAAGAGGAAAUUGUAUACUGUACAAAUGAUAAACAGGAUCUCCCUCUAGAGGGGCAAGAUGUGUUUAUUGCUGCAAUUGAUGAACACACUGUUUCCAGAGAGAAUGAAGGAGAUCCCUCAGCUAUUGAACAACAAGUUUCCUGUCACAAAGGAGCAGACCUCACAGCAGAUGAACAGCAACUUUACACAAAGCAAGAAGUAGAGCCCACACCAGGACCAGAACAUUCUCCUCCUGCAGAGCAUGUGGUGGAUGAAGUGGAUGGUACAGAGGGUUGUGUUGAAGGUGCUUAUGAGAUAGAAGACAUUAAAGUUGCAAAUAUGAAGACCCCUUUGAAGCAAAUACUGACACCAAGUAAAAUAGAAGAUAGAGGAUCAUCUGUUAAGUAUAGUGUGAGAGCAACACCCAAUAUCCAAUGUGCUAAAAGUUCAGUUCAGAUGGAGAAGAGCAACUCUGCAAUUAAAGAUUUGAAGUUUCUGACUCCUGUAAGACGUUCACGACGCAUUGAAGGAGUAUCUUCCCAAUUGCCGUUGAUGCUGCUGGACCAUGACCCCUGUGUUUCCUCAUUGGAGGAUCUGAAAAAUUUGGGAGAAGGAUCUACUGCUUACUCAUUCAGGGUGAAUAGUGCGCUGCCAGAAUGAGCCAACAUUUCCAAUGAAUAAUAUGGAUUUUCUGUUGACUUUUAAUUAAAUGCACCUUAUGUUCCAAAGCACCAUUUAGUCAAAAUACAGCGCACUCUCCUUCUGCAUAAUUGUUUCCUUGCCAUUUCUAAACACCCAACAACUUGCAUUUUAUAGAUAAUAAAAAAUCUCAAAGUGCUUUACAAGUGUUAGCAAACAAAAUUUGAUGCGGAGCCACAUUUAGGCUAGAUGACCAAUGGCUUGGGUCAUUGUUUUUGGGAGCUUGGGGUCUAGGCAGCUGAAGACAGCCACCAGUCACAGAAUGAAGAAAAUUGAAUGCUCGACACCAGCGUUACUCAAAAGUGCUUUAGUGUACUGUAGUACAACAAAAAGAGCUAGGAGUUGAAAUCACAACCAGAUUGUCCAAUGCUGUGGCUAUUCCUUCUAGUUCGAUUCUAGCUGAAGGUAUCUGAUAAUUAACCUUUGCUUCAAUAUUUUAAGAAAAACACUUUUUAAUAGCUAACGAUUUAUGCAGUAGCAAUCCUCUUCUCACCCCACCCACACAAAAUAGUCAUCUUUAGAUUUAUGGGCUAAUUCUUUAAACAUUAAAAUUUGAUAUGCACAUCUGUAAUCUCCAAAAUAUGCAACAUAUGGUCUUAAGGUAUUGCAUAAGAGAUUGUGUUGGGGACAGUCAUGGGUAACUAUAACAAAACUAAUUUAAGAGUUUUUAAAAUUAAUUUAUCUCAGUCCGGAAUUGAGCUGGAGUGAACACUAAUUGAAGAAAAACAUGUCUUCUCGGACUAAUUAAUCUCUCCAAAAUAAACACUUUGUGAAGUGUCUUUUGUUUUUAAAAAAUAUUGCUUUUUCACUUGUGGCAUAAUGUAAUUUUUUCAAAUUAAUAAAACAAUGCAUUUCUAUACACGUUUAUACUCAUUGCAAGCUUAUGAAGUAACAAUCCAAAUGAGCUUUUCACUCAAAUAAAAAUGUUGCUUUGGCUUAGAAUAUUGGAUAUCAUUUUUGAAGCUUAUUUAUCUUUUCCAUGUAUUGUACUUGUCUUCAUUAAAUGGUUAUUCUGUUA